AUGCACGUGUCUAGCGCGACGGCCGGCCGGCUCGGCGCGGCGCAGGCCCCCUCGCGCGCCGGGACCAGCCUCCGCCCCGCCCCCUGUCUGCGUCGGCCGCGGGCGGCCAGGGUAUCGACGCGCGUUGUGGCGUACGACUGGGAAAAGGGCGCGAUUUCGUGGGACGAGGUUGGAGAGAAGGCUGGUUUAGAGGUCCUGGACGGGUUCAACGUGUCGAAGACCUACAUGCCGAGGUCCUCGCCCGUGCCGUUCCUGCCCCCGGUGCGCAACGUGAAGAGCAGCAAGGACGUCGUGAUCUACAGGGACUCGAACUCCGCCUGCCCCUUCUGCGAGCGCGUCUGGCUCGCACUCGAGGAGCGGGGGAUCCCCUACGACACUGUGUACAUCGACCUGCGCGCCACCCCGCAGUGGUUCCUCGAUGACGUCGCCGCCAGCGGCAAGCUCCCAGCUCUGCGCGUGCGCGGCGAGUACUACACCGGCUCCAUCAACCUCCUCAACGUGCUCGAGAAGGAGUUCCCGGGGUCGAAGUCGCUCCCCUCGCUCCUGCCCCCCUCGUCGGACUUCCCCCGCCUGAAGGAGCUCGUCGACAACUUCGACCGCGACUCGAUCCAGUCGGUGUACAACAAGCUGCUCGUGCGCCAGGCGAGCAAGAAGGACGUGCUCGCGAAGGCCAAGGAGCUCGACGCCUUCAUCGGCGAGCGCGGCGGGCCCUACAUGGUUGGAGACAAGCUCACCGUCGCAGACUGCGUGUACUUGCCGUUCAUGCUCCGCCUGAGGGCGCGCUUGUCGGCGCUGCACGGCGUGGAGAUCGACGACGCGAAGGCGAUGCCGAAUCUAUCGAAGUGGUUCGAGACGAUCACGGACCGCCGGGCCGUCAAGAUGGUGAUGGGCGACGACGAGAGCUUCAUUCAGCGGCAGUGUGAGCGCGACGGGUCGCGCAGGCUGCCCGAGCCGCUCCCGAAGGCGGGCAGCGCGGAGAUGCUGGCGCGGCAGGAGGCCGCGGGGAAGAUUAUGGCGAACUUCGAGUUCUUCCUCGAGGACAUCAUCCUGCACGCGGGCCUGUGCCGCAACCGGACGAGCGCGUAUGGACACACCGUCAAGUCGGUGAACGGGCACCCGCCGGAGCCCCGCGGCGCCACGCUGCGCGCCGUGGACUUCCACCUCCGCCGCGUCGCGCAGUACCUGCUCACGGGCGACGUGGGCCCCACCGCCGGGAACGUCGAGGCGUGCGCCGUGGGCGCUGCCUCGCUGAUCUACUUCCGCAACGCCGUGAGGGCGCCCCGCGACAUGUCCGCCGCGGCGGCCGUGCAGUGCCGGCAUGCCGUGGACCGCGUCUGCAUGGACAUCUUUGACGGCAACUACAUCGACCACCACUGGGGGAAGGGCCUCUGA